UGUGGAUGACACCAUUCCAAACGCAUAUAUUGCUAGCACACCACUACGACGACGACAAUGAAUAGUGAAUGGAACCAAGCCACAGACUUCUAUGUAACAUUUCAGAUUCUUUUGGAUAUAUACGCCAACGUGUUUGUUUACGUAUGAUCGUUCAAAUGCCAUCUGGUCAUCACACUCAAUACAAUCAAAUCGAUGAUGAACAACAGCAAGCAAACAUCGAUCAAUGAUCCAUUUUCACAUCUUCAUCCAUCAUUACUUACCCCUGAUGAUAUAACUUGUCUUGUACAGACAUCCAAUGUUGAUGGUGGUCAUUCCUAUGACCGCUAUGGAUUCAAAAUUGUUCGAUCAACUAACAGCAAAGACGAUCGAUCAGAUUCAACCGAAUUGGAUGAAGCUCAAUGGUACACCGAAACUAAAUCCCAAUGGAUUUCCUUCUUGGAGAGUGAAUACAGGCGGAUGGCUCCUUCAUCCUGUCUUGACUUAUCACAAUUCGAUUCUACUGAAAUCGAGCGAUUACCCCGACUAAAUGAGCUGAUCUGUUUGAGUAUCAGCGAUGAGCUUCGACCAUUUUUUUGGAUUCGUUUCUCACGAGCUUUACAUCUGAAGAUUGCUAGCAAAUGGAGCUUUCCUCAAUUAAUUGAUCUAUCGGCUAGUGAGCCUAGUCUGAGUGUGCAUCAGGCCGCUCAGGUGCUUCCCAACAAUGCAUGUUUUACGUUGAAUUCUGUUUCGAAUCGUUUGCGUCGUAUAUUACAGAUUGUGCAUUGGUAUCAAAAAACCGAUCUGGCUCAUAAUGAUAAUAAUGGUGAUCAGCAAUUCAAUUUGUCUUUGAUUGGUGCCUAUCUGCUUCUUAUCUGUUCGGAAGAAGAUGCCUUCUGGCUACUGCUUCAAAUCACAUUGUCAGUGAAUCUAGACGAUUGUAUCGAACUUAUUGGUCAAAUCAAAAAAUGCUGUCCAAUAGUGAAUACAUUACUAAGAAAACAUGAAAUUGAAUUUAAACUGGUCGCAUCGAUUUGGUUUAGUUCGUUAUUGGCUGGUUUCGUUACCAACGCUUUUUUGCUUUAUGCUCUUUGGGAUCUUUAUUUUUAUGAAGGACCAGUAUUUUUAAUACAGAUAACAAUUGGUUUGCUCAUCACCGAAACAAGAUCGUUAGAAAGUUGUCAGGAUUCAAAAGAAUUCUUCAACACAUUGUCCGACCUUCCAUUGAAUUCAUUACGAUCACUGGACAAGAUCGUAUAUGUAUGGAAAAGCGGCAAGAACAUAGUCGCUAAUAUAAAUUUACCUGGAAAACUCUACAAUUAUGAAAACCAAUCCAAUGCAGAUCAACUGCUUGGUUCAAUAGUGGCCAACCAAGAUAUAAAACAGGAUGAGCUUAAAAUGAAAAACAUCAAACAGACCGCUUUGAUCAUGAAACUACAUGAAGCGAUCGUGGCUAUUGGACAUCAUUUUCAGGCCUAUGAACCAGACGUCCAUUACCGACUGGAUCCAGACUACGACAAUGUGGACAAAGUUGACAUCAAACAAGACAUGAUGAAUCGGCUGCGGCCAUAUCAACAUCGAGCUAAGGCAUUGAUUGAUUUUAGUAGCGAUGAUCCAGACGAGCUGGCCUUUGCCAAAAACGACAUUAUUACCAUCAUUAACGAAAAAGACGAACAUUGUUGGAUUGGUCAAUUGAAUGAUCGGUUCGGUUGGUUUCCGGCUAAAUUCGUCGAACUACUUGAUGAACGAGAUCAAGACUACAGUAUUGCUGGCGAUGACCGCGUUGUGCCAUUCAUUAACGAUCUUGUCAGAGGAAAGCUAAGUUCAGCACUCAAAGCAAUUCUGGCGUACGACUUGCGUAAGAGCUUUUUUUUGACUAUCCAUCCAUGGACGAUAAUAGAGCAAAUAUCGACAAUGACAACAAACGCUGGAUUCAAAUCAGUCUUUUCCAGGCUUGUACUCACCAAAACGUUCAGGCUGGACGAAUAUUCUCGUGUUUUGUCGCCCAAUGACCUUUUGUAUAGGAGUAUUGCUUUGAUUAAUCGGACACACCAUCAUUGUCCGAUGGACAUCAAACUCCGAUCAUUAAUUUGUCUCGGUCUCAAUCAAUACGUCCUUCAUGAUUGGUUUGAAUUGAUCUGUGUAUCACAACCAUCGAUCAUUUUCAAAUCAUACGGAUAACAGUUUUUAACCAGUCCAGCGUGGAAACUGAUCAAAGCUGAACUCAAGCUUUUGGUGCAGUUUUCAUUCCACUUGAAUAUUGAUGCAGAAAUCCCAAAUGGUCAUGAACCUAAAUCUCCAGUGACCAAGGAAGGUGUUUGUGAUAUGCUUGUGAAAUAUCAUCUUUUCUCCUGGGACAUCUGAUCCAACAUCAUUCUACGCACACACACACACACACACACAUUCACUCAUACAUAAACAUGAACAGAAGAGAAUGUUCAGGAAGAAUAAAUGAUUGAUUUAAUAAAAACUAUGAUCAAUAUA